CGACAUAACGGCCGUUUCCAUCUUUUUCCGGGUCCGCAGCGCUCAGAAUAUUUCCAACGCCUCGGUUCUUUGGCGUUGGCGGCUGCCUGCGCGACACAACGUCAACGGGUUGACCCUCCUUCUCGCAGCUCGCCUCGCACUAACCACACUCAUCAUGCCGUCAACUGGCAACAGCAUUGUCCCGGUCCCGGCAACGGAGCCGCCGACCAAGAAGCGCAAGAUGGACGCCACCGAGCAGAAAUACUACGCAGUUCGUGCCGGCUUCAAGCCCGGAGUCUACACCAGCUGGGCCAUUUGCCAGCAGCAGAUCACGGGCUUCAAGGGGGCGCAAUUCAAGUCUUUCCUCAAUUACGAAGACGCCUCGGCGUUCGUCGCCGGUCGCAAUCUGCCUUCCUCGACGAGCGACUCCAAGCCGCCCCGCUUCUACGGCGUUGCUAUCGGACGCAAGCCCGGCGUAUACACAGAGUGGUCCGCCGCACAGGAGGCCAUUGUCGGCUGGAAGGGGCCCAAGUACAAAAAGUUCGAGACCUGGGCCGAGGCGGAGACGUUCGUCAAGACCUACAGCAACGCAGCCAAGUUAGCAGGACCUCUUGUCCCCGAGGCCAAUGGACACGAAGCGGAUGAAGCCGAGGAGCCUCGCGCAAAGAAGGCAAAGAAGGCACCCAAGCCGGCAAAUUCACGAAGCGGUGUCGAGGUGGUCUACACCGAUGGAAGUAGUCUGGGCAAUGGGCGUGUGGGCGCGAGUGCCGGCGUAGGCGUCUACUUUGGGGAGGGCGAUCCAAGGAACAUAUCUGAGCGCCUGCAGGGCGAGACCCAGACGAACCAACGCGCCGAGCUCACGGCCAUCCUGCGCGCCCUCGAGACGGUCGACCUCGCGCGGGACCUGGAGAUCCGCACCGACAGCAAGUACUCAAUCCAGUGCGUCACCGAGUGGUACAUCAACUGGGAGAAGAACGGCUGGAAGACGCGCGCCGGCCCCGUCAAGAACCAGGACCUGGUCCAGCUCGUCCGCGACAAAAUUGAGGAGCGCGAGGCCAAGGGCGGCCGCACCCAGUUCAUCUGGGUCAAGGGCCAUGACACGGACCAGGGAAAUAUUGCGGCGGACCGGUUGGCGGUGGCGGGCGCUAUGAAGUGAUACCCCUUUUGCUUGAUGUAACUGUUGUUUUACGCAUGCUGCUUUCGCGUCGAGGAGUUGGCGGAGUCGUAGGGUGGCUGUUUCUCCCUUAUGGGUUGCAUUUAUCGAGGGAGGUCUCAGCUUCUUGUUAUCUCGGGUUUACCGGUGGGUGUCCGCUGAGGGCAUGCGGCGUCAGUACCCUCGCCAUUGGAAGAGUUGGCGGUAAUAGACCUCUCCGCGCAAUUGUUAACGCCU